GGCCUUUUUUUUUUUUUUUGGCGCCGAAUUGCUCGAAAACUUUAGUGGACUAAGUUGCCAACAUCACGCCAGAUUGUUAAACGAGGAGUUUCAAUCAAAGACUCUAAAAUGAGCGAUUCAGCAGGGUUCAACACGGAAGAUAUCAUUAGAGCCAAAGCAGGUGGAGGUACACAGGAGCCCAAAAUUGAAGAGCUGAAGAGCAAACUCGAGAGCCUGCAACAAGGCAAAAAAGUCCUGGAGGAGGAAAUAAUGGAGAGAAAAUCACUCAGUGAGUGUCUCCAGAAGGAGCUGGCCACAUUGCAAACAGAGGCCUUCCAACUGGAGAGGACCCAUCAAGAAAGAAAAGAAUUGUCGCAGAAGUUGCAGCUCCAGUGCGAGGAAUCCGAGCGCGAGUUUGUCAGGCUGGCCGAGCAGAACAAGAAGAGCGACGAACUGCUGGCACAGCACCGGUAUGAAAUCCAGGAGUUGAAGCUCAAGCGGCGCAAGCUACGGCUGAAAUUUGAGGAUCAGCUCCAUCAACUCAUUAAGCAGCACAACCAACUGUACGCCAUCAUUAAAGAUUCUCAGCCAAAAACAUAAAGCAGAGCAUUGACUCGAGAAUGUGAGACGUCCGCUCACCUGACGCCAUACGCCGCAAAGACUUCAAGUGUACUUCAAUGGAAAAGAAAAGCGUGGUUUCCUCCUUUUUCCUAUGUUGACGUGAGGUAACUGUUAAAAUCUUCCCCUGCUAAAACUAUUGGAUUUUUUUUUCCUCUUCAAUUUGUGUUUUAAUGCUUCAAACCUGUUUCACAUGUGAAAUGUUCAAUUCUUGUUCAGCCAAAUACGUCGUCACUUAUGGAAUUGCAAAAGUGCACAGACAAGCAUUUUUUGGCUUUGGGAGAGGUUUAAUUCAAAUAUUUGGAGCAUACUUAAAAUGCAAUUUCAUCAUACUAAAUGACCACAUAUUCAAAUUUUAUUCAGGAAAAUAUGAAUACAAGGUUCUUUGAGACUACAGUAUGACAAGUAUUGGUUAAUGAAAAACAGCCAGCCAAUUAAUUCUUUUGAAUAUGUACAACCUCGCAUAUAAAACAGUGCAAAAAAAA